AAACAAACAAUCGAGAUGCCAGCAAGAAAAAAAACCAGGCGCCAGCAGCAGCAAGGCAGGAGCCGGCAGAGGGACACACAGGAGCAGCCAAAGGCGCAGCAGCAGCAGCAGCAGGAGGAGCCGGCGCCAGCCUACCGAGUGGAGCACUCGGAGCUCUACGGGCGCUACCUGGUGGCCAACCGCGCGCUGCCCGCCGGCGAGCAGCUCAUCAGAGAGCAGCCCCUAGCAAUCGGACCCUGCGUCAGCUGCGAGCCCGUCUGCCUGGGCUGCUACCAGCCGGUCCAGCUGGGGCCGGAGCAGUGCCGCUGCAAGGGCUGCGGCUGGCCGCUGUGCGCCGCCGACUGCCGCGGACUGGGGCAGAGCAGCGGGCACAGCCGCGAGGAGUGCGAGCUGUACGGCCGGCGGCGGGCGCAGGCGGCUGAGCUACUCAAGGAGAGCACCUCGCCCGACGCGGUGCGGGAUCUGUACGAGCUGGUGCUGAUAGUGCGCAUCUUGCUGAUGCGGAAGCACCAGCCGGAGAAGUACGCCAAGGUACGGCUGAUGGAGUCGCACACGGAGCAGAGGCGCGAGAACCUCACGCUCUGGCAGCACUAUGAGAAGAAAGUCGUGCAGCGACUGCUCCACGAUUGGCAGCUGGCCCAGGAGCUGAGUGGGCUGGAGCCGGCGGAGAUGCACGAGAUCUGUGGCAUUCUGGAUGUGAACUGCUUUGAGAUUGGGCAGCGAGGGGGCAAGGCGCGUACGCUAUAUCCGAGCGCCUUUCUGCUCGCGCACGACUGCCGACCAAACACAUCGCACACGGACGAUCCACUGGACUACUCGAUCAUCCUGCGGACGUCCCGUUCGGUGCGCGAGCAGGAGACACUGACGCUCAGCUAUGCGUAUACGCUGCAGGGCACCUUGAAGCGUCGCACCUUCAUCCAGGGCGGCAAGCUGUUCUGGUGCCAGUGCCAGCGCUGCGCCGAUCCCCGUGAGCUGGGCAGCGACUGCAGCGACCUCGUCUGCAAAAUCUGUCGAACAGGCAGCAUUCGAGCCACAGAGCCGCUCAAGCAGGAGGCCGACUGGGCCUGCGAUCGCUGUGCUCAUCGCAUCGAGUCGGUGCAAGUGGAGCGCCUCUUGGAUCACAUCAAUGAAGAUCUCGAGUCCAUCGAUGUCCACGACAUUCCCGCCUUGGAAAACUUUCUCAUACGAUAUCGCGAGGUGCUGAGACCCAAUCACUAUCUCCUGCUGUCCGCCAAGUACUCGCUAUGCCAGAUUUAUGGCCGUGUCGAGGGAUAUUUGCUGCCCGAGCUCUCGCCACAGGAUAUUGAGCGCAAGGAGCGCUACUGCCGCGAAUUUCUGGCUGUCGUUGAUAUACUCGAGCCGGGUCUAACCCGACUGCGCGGUCUCAUCAUGUACGAGUUGCAUGCGCCGAUCAUGGUGCUCGCCCAGCUGGGCAUGCAGAGCGGUCGCAUGUCGCGCCAGGAGUUCCAGAGGCGCAUCAAGGAGGUCGUGCGACUGCUCAAGGAGAGCGCACACAUUCUGCAGCUGGAGCCACCCGGUUCUAGCGAGCACGAAAUGGGCCGAGCCGCAGCUGAUGCCUUGGCCAAAAUAAAUGCACAGCUGUAGGGCAGAGAGCCUGUACGAACUGGGCGACGGGCCGAAUGGACUAUAUAUAUAUAUAUAUAUGAUGAUGAAUGAUAUUGAUGGAAUUGUAAAGUGUUUUGAAAAGACCUGAAAAGUAAUAGAGACUUUGCUAUAUUUCAA